AAAAUAGGACAAAGUGUAUAUUAGAUUCUGUACUACAUCUCGCCACAGGACGCGGAGAUCUGGAAAGACCUUCAUACAAGAGUGUUACUGCUACAGUUCCUUUUAGUUUCUAACAAAAUAUAAUUGUUAGAAUUCAAUAAGUCUUUUUUUUUUAAUACUUUUCUUUCGCCCUUUUCAAAAUCUCUCAACAAUAACAUUCCUUCCAUCUCCAUUAUAAUUACCAAAAAAGAAAAAAGGGUUGUUCAUAUUAUACUAAUUGUUGUAUUUUUUACAUAGAAAUGAUAGUUUUAUUUGUUUUGGCAUUAAUUGGGAUUCUUUGAGAUUUACAAUGGACUUGAAGAAAUUGCCAUUUUCUGAUCAAUUUUCAUACUUUGGUUCUUCUUCACCAAGAAGGAAGGUAGUUGUUUCUGGUUUUGGUUUAGGUGUUGUUGCUUCUUUCAUUUUUCUUUGUAUUCUAUUGUUGAAUUAUUCCUUAAAGUCUCCCUUUGUUAGCCCUGUUUUUAGUGGUUUUAGUUAUAGUGAUAAUAGUACACUCAUUUCUUGGCCCUUUUCUAGUUCUUCUAGUAAUAACGUUAGUACUACUAGUGUUAGUUUUAGUUCCAAGGGUUCACAACACGUGAAAAAUGGAAACUUUAGCGUUCAAGAAUUAGGGAUUACCAAGAAUAUUCAAGAAUUGCAUGUGUCUCUAGCUGAUGGAAAUGUAACAUUUUCCAAUUUUUCUGGGGAAGGAAUAGUUUUGGGGGGUAUUUUAGGAACUACCCAUGUGGGGAAUUUGUCUGAGAAAGUGAAAAAUGAAAGAUUUGUUGUUCAAGAAUCAAGAUUUUCCAAGAAAACCCCUGAAAUGAAUGGGGAAGGAACUGUUUUGGAGGAAAAGGGGGGUAUUUUAGGAAAUACCCUUGGGAAGAAUUUUACUGCAAAUGUCAAAAAUGAAAGCUUUAUUGUUCAAGAAUCAAGAAUUACAAAGAAACCCCCUCAAUUGAAUGGGAAAGGAAUUGUUUUCGGGAACAAUGGUAUCCAAGAUUCCAUCAAGAAUAAUGUGACCUCAACUUACAUUGAGGAUGUUGUGGGAUCAAAAAAUGCUGAAGUGAUUGAGGGUAAAGGGGAUGGUGUGAUGUUUCAAAGUGAUGGAAAAUCAUUGAUUGGUUGCGGCAAGGAUUUUUACGGGGAUUGUGAUAUAUAUGAUGGUGAAUGGGUUAUAGAUGACACGAAGCCUUAUUAUCCUCCGGGUUCUUGCCCUAUUAUUGAUAGAGAUUUUGAUUGUCACCUUAAUAAGCGGCCAGAUCAAGGGUAUAUCAACUGGAGAUGGCAGCCAUAUGCGUGUGACAUACCGAGCCUUAAUGCAACUGAUUUUCUGGAGAGAUUGAGAGGGCAAAAGCUUGUUUUUGUGGGGGACUCGUUGAAUAGAAACAUGUGGGAGUCCCUUGUUUGCAUUCUUCGCAACAGUGUACGAGACAAAAAACGAGUUUAUGAGAUAUCAGGAAGGCAUGAAUUCAAAAAGAAGGGCUUCUAUGCUUUCAGAUUUGAGGAUUAUAACUGUUCUAUAGAUUUUGUUAGCUCUCCAUUUCUUGUGAGACAAUCAGCUUUUAAAGGAAAGAAUGGUUCCUUCGAGACACUAAGAUUGGAUUUGAUGGACCAGACGACUUCAAUGUAUAGUGACGCCGAUAUUGUAAUUUUCAACACUGGUCAUUGGUGGACUCAUGAGAAAACUGCCAGAGGGGAAGACUACUACCAGGAAGGUAAUCAUGUGCAUCCAAGGCUCAAGGUUUUAGAGGCAUACAAGAGGGCGAUUUCCACUUGGGCAAGGUGGGUGGAUCAGAACUUUGAUGGAAGCAGAACUCAAAUCAUUUUUAGAGGAUAUUCGGUCACUCACUUCAGGGGAGGUCCAUGGAAUGCAGGUGGGCAAUGCCAUAAAGAAACUGAACCAAUAUUCAAGAAGUCUUAUUUAGCAAAGUACCCUUCAAAGAUGAAAGUCCUACAUCAUGUCCUUCAUAAUAUGAUGAACCCCGUCAUUUAUAUGAACAUUAGUAGGCUUACAGACUAUCGGAAAGAUGGUCACCCAUCGAUUUACAGAAAGGAGUACAAGACAGUAGAAGAACAAAUGACUGGAGUGCACUCUCAGGAUUGCAGUCAUUGGUGUCUACCAGGAGUACCAGACACUUGGAAUGAGUUGUUAUAUGCAUCUCUUUUGAAAAGCAGAAAAGGCUCUUGGAAGGACUGAGCUUGAAUUGGAUUAAUGUUCAAUUUCUUUUUUGUCAUUCUUUUGUUCUAGUUUUUGGUAAUUGUCCUUAUAAAGCAAGUAGCAUUACAGAGGUUCUUGUGUAUUAGAUUGUCGUGGAUUCGGAAGUUGAUCUGUAAAGUUUGUACAACCGAAAAUUAAAAAAUGGUAAAGCAAAUUCUUGAUUAACAAUGACAUCUUUCUUGUGA